GGAGAAAAGUUAACUGCAGAAAUCGGGGCGAGGAGAGAUGCGAUGAUCUUGCACCAAGUGGAUGUGCCAUGGCUGCCCGCAAAUAGCGCGUCUGGAGAAGCUUGGAGGGAUGUCUUGCAAGCGAUCUGCGUGAUCUCCGUAGAAACGCUCGGCUCUGCCUGCAAACUUUCCCCUGCUAGAAGUUGAGAGGAAUAAAAAAGCACCAGAAAGUCAAAAGGGGAAGAUCCCAGAGGACAAAAUCGCUUGAGCGAAACUGUUGCGUCUGGAGCCGGGGCUCCGGAGCUCGCCCCGGUGUGCCCGGGCUGCCGUGCCGAGCGGCGCUGCUGGCGCUGGCCAGGCUGCCCGGCAGCGGCCCCAGCCUUGGGGACGGGCCGAGCAGGAUGCUGGCCACGGCCGGCCGGAGACCCCCGAGAGCCUGAGCCCCUGCGGCCGGGGCGGUGGCGGCCAUGGCCGCGGCCAUCGCCAGCUCCCUGAUCCGCCAGAAGAGACAAGCCAGGGAGCGGGAGAAGUCCAAUGCCUGUAAGUGUGUCAACAGCCCCAGCAAGAGCAAGGGAAGCUGCGACAAGAACAAGUUGAAUGUGUUUUCCAGGGUCAAACUCUUUGGCUCCAAGAAAAGGCGAAGAAGGCGACCAGAGCCUCAGCUUAAAGGUAUAGUAACAAAGCUCUACAGCAGGCAAGGAUACCACUUGCAGUUGCAAGCAGAUGGAACAAUUGAUGGAACAAAAGAGGAAGACAGUAGUUAUACUUUGUUUAACCUCAUACCUGUGGGUUUACGAGUGGUGGCGAUUCAGGGGGUUCAAACCAAAUUGUACCUGGCAAUGAACAGUGAAGGAUACCUAUAUACAUCAGAACAUUUUACACCUGAAUGCAAGUUCAAAGAAUCAGUAUUUGAAAACUACUAUGUGACAUAUUCCUCAAUGAUCUACAGACAGCAACAGUCCGGCCGGGGUUGGUAUUUGGGUCUGAACAAAGAAGGAGAAAUAAUGAAAGGAAACCACGUGAAGAAAAAUAAACCUGCAGCACACUUCCUUCCAAAACCCUUAAAAGUGGCCAUGUACAAAGAGCCUUCCCUCCACGACCUCACAGAGUUCUCCAGGUCUGGAAGUGGGACCCCAACAAAGAGCAGAAGCGUUUCAGGAGUGCUAAAUGGGGGUAAAUCCAUGAGCCAGAACGAGUCCACGUAGCCAGGUUCAGGCCAGCCAAGUGCUCUCUAAACAGAACCUUACCUCUGGAUGCAGUUGAUUUCUUACUCGCAGUCUUUCAUCCCAACCUUUGAUCGCCCAGGACGAGCCACCGAAGCCGCAUAGUCACCUGAUUAUUAUCCAUUAGAUCUGCUGGUUGGCAAAGGAUAAAGCCCAGGCAUGUAGAAUGUGCUUGUGCAAAUCACAAGGCAGGUGGAGAGCAGCAAACACAACUGCGGGAAAAUCUCCGAGAAGAAAUGUCCAGCUCUUUCUCUCUCUCACUUUUUCUUUCUCUCUUUCUCUCUCUCUCCUCUGCUUUGUGGAAAACGAAACAAAAACAUUUCACAGCAUUCACUGCUGAUAAGAAUUUGCUUUCCAACUCAGAAAAAGACCACUUUUGCUCUUCAAAGGAAAUUUUAAUGCUUGUAUGUUUUAUAGGGGCAA